CAAAUUCCAAAUAUGGUCCGUCACACUAAUAUUUAAAAACAUUUCGUUCGACUCUAUCUAUCCCUAGUGAGGUGGCAGAAACCGCUACAUGUGAGAAAGUGAUUGGAGGGGGGAAGUGAAACGACUAGAGGGAAAAACAUCAAUCAAUCCCCACACUUCUCAUGAUCGGUCGGGAAGAGGGAAACGGAGGCUGCGCUAUGGAGAUGGCGGCGGCGAUGAAGAAACGAAGAAUGGAAGAAGAAGAUAAUCCAACUCAAAUCCCAGAUGAUAAAGAAGGUCUGUUAGAGUUCAUGGACCAGCGUGCCAAGUCAAUCCAACUCUGUAAAGACCAGAUUUCAAUCCUCGAGAGAAAGCUUGCUGAAGAGAGAAAACUGAUGGAAGAUGCGGAGACCAAGUUUUUACAACUUGAUCGUGUUGAAAGUGAUACCUUUUCUAAGGCAAAACCAAAGGUGUCUGGUAAAACAGAGUUCUGGAGCGAGGGAGAUAAGGUGAAUACAGCCAAUGGAACCUCGACUUCGCAUGCGCGUGGUGAGAAGAUGGAGUAUGAAACCUCUACUCCACAUCCACGUAGUGAGAAGGAUCCUUCGAAGUUGCCGUCCAUUAUUUUACCGCCUUCUUUCAAGAGGAAAGUUUCUGCUUCUGUCAGAUCAGAAGUGAGUCAGAGCGCACAAGCUCAACCAGCGGUUAGAAGGAGUUAUAGUUUCCCAAGGGAAGAAGCCAAGAGAUCUCAUUCCACUAUAUCUAAUGGAGUGGUUAGGGAAGUUCAAGCUCGAGAUAGCCACACUGAUAAGGGCUUUGCGAAGCCAAGGAUCAGAGUUUCUUCUAACAUUUCUGGACAAGCUCGGCAGGAAAAGUCUGAGUUCAAUGGAAAUGAUGAGUUGAUAGCGCUUAUAGGUAGGAGCUCUUUGCGUCCCACAAUCAAAAGCCGUGCCGUAGCUAUGCUACCAAGUUGCCACACCAAAAGAAUGAGAAGUGUUGCUGUUUCUCUUUCAAACCGUGAUCUUUUUGCCACAAGUGCAUUGGAUUGUGUGGUUCAUUUUUGGAAGCUUCAUUCUAAUAGGUCCUCACCUACACUGUUUAACACCGUUAAUCGGGUAGGAUUAGAUCAGAAGAGAUGGGCAGAAGAUAUAGCUUGGCAUCCUCACAGAAGUGAACUUUUCUCUGUGUAUACUGCAGAUGAAGGUCAUGCUCAAGUAUCAGCCUUGUAUCUAAACGAAGCUAGAGAGAGUUGUGAGUCAAAAUUUCUGAAAGACAGGCCUCACAGCAAAGGACUCAUCAACAGAAUCAUGUUUACACCGUGGGACGAUCCUUGUUUCAUCACAAGCGGGUGUGACCACGCGGUAGUGCUAUGGCGCGAACAACAACGCGAGCGCAACGCAUGGAAGUCGAGGCUUCUGCAUAAGGAUUUACACUCGUCAUCCGUGAUGGGAGUCGCUGGAAUGCGCCACAACAAUCUCGUCUUGUCAUGCGGAGACGACAGGAGAUUCGUCGGGUUCGAUGCUCGAGCAGAGAAAACCACGUUUCAGCAUAAACUAGACAACAGAUGCACAAACUUGCUGCCAAACCCUCGUGAUGUUAAUCUUGUCAUGGUUCACACAAGGCAGCUAGACAGGCAACUUCGGUUGUAUGAUGUGAGAUUGCCUCAGACGGAGCUGUUUUCUUUUGGGUGGAAGCAAGAGAGCAGCGAGUCGCAGUCUGCUUUAAUCAACCAGUCUUGGUCUCCAGAUGGUUUGCACAUCUCGUCUGGCUCUUCGGACCCUGUGAUCCAUAUCUUCGAUAUCCGGUACAAUGCGCCGAGCCCGUCUGUGUCGAUCAAGGCUCAUAAGAAAAGGGUGUUCAAAGCUGAGUGGCAAUCUUCUCAGCAACUUGUCUCCAUCUCGUCAGAUUUAGAAAUUGGGAUUCACAAGCUAUGGUGAAAAGCUGGUAAAGGCCUUGCGUCAUGGAAACAACCUGAUGACUUUGUAUUUAGGAGUUGCGUAGUUUGAGUCCGGGGUCUGAUGACACUGGUAUGUUUUAACUUUUUUUGGUACAUAUGGAAAAGUUGUAGCUCUCUCUCUCAUUUCGCGGGUCCAUUACAAAGUUGGAGCCAUUUAGAUAUAUUUCAGCUUGUCUCUUGUCUAAAACCUGAAUAGAAUCUCAUUUUCUUAAACUCUUAAACAUUGUCCAUAGUUAGCAUGAAGAAGAAAGAGUGCAGAAUC